CAACUAUUGGCCAUCAUGGAUAAUGACGACAUAUUUGAGCAUGGCUUGUUUGAAGAUUCCGAGGUUUCCUCGGCAGAUGGUGAAUUGGAAUCGCAUCUGACUACUGUGGACCUCCCCAAUCCCGAAGAGGCUGUUACUGAGGUGCCCAGCUCAUUCAUCAGUAACGACAUUCAGCGUGAUCCUGAACCGUCACCUGAAUCUUUAUCGGUUACCUAUAAAUCCAUACCACGUUCCGCGUGCCCAGUACGUGACCAUCAUUUGAUUAUUUGCAAAUUCCCACCUGCCGUAUCCAUGGCAGGAUCGCCAUUUAAUGAAAUACAGGAACGCCAGGCUUUAUUACAUAACCCCAAGCUUCUGGAUGACCUUUCGGCAUUAGAGGACAGUGUAAUGAUGCGGUGGCGUUUUAAAUGUCCUUCUAGCGACUCACCUGAGCCUUUUGGUGUCCUUGAGACUAAUACUCACUUUGUUGAAUGGGAUGACGGUUCAUUCACAUUAUUUGUGGGUGACACUCCACUCAAUGUGGAUUAUCGCAGUGAGACUGUAUUCCUUCUUGAGGAUUCUUGCUCCGAUGUUAAACCAAUUCACGCGGUGAUAACGGAGCGUAUGCAAACUAAAUUUUCCAACAUAUUCAAAAACAAGUUUACUCGUUCUAAGGAUUUGGUUGCCAAGCGCCAGCGCAUGGCUUUGACAUCUAUUGCUGACGCUGUGUCAUCUAACAUCAGUGUCCAGAAGUAUCGGCUGGCUACCAAGGAGAAUGAGCGUUACCGGCGCAUUCAGCAGUCUGUUGCCUACAAGCCGCGUACACUCACUCGUUCAUUCUUGGAGAGCGACAGCGACUCACAGUGAAACUUAAUGU